UGAGACAGACGGAGUGAAGUCAGUGUCAGUGAUGGAGGGAGAUUCUGUCACUCUACAGAGUGAUGUUUCUGAAGUACAGCGAGAUGAUCUGAUCGUGUGGAGGUUUGGAGAUAAAGGCAUCCUCCUGGCUAAAAUUGAUGUGGAAACUAACGAGACCUCAUUAAACGAUGCUGAUGAGAGAUUCAGAGACCGACUAAAGCUCCGUGAAGCUAGAUCUCUGACGAUCAAGAAAACCAGAACCACAGACUCUGGACUUUAUGAAGUACAGAUCAGAGGCAGCGAGAGCUCCCAGCGAUUCCUUCUUUCUGUCAGUGAACCAAUUGAAGAGGAGAAAGUGUCAAUGGCAGAUGGAGAAUCUGUCACUCUGAAGACUAAAACUGUCCUAAAGGAAGAUGAUAAGGUACAGUGGUGGUAUCACGAUGACAACGAUCUCAUUGCUGAAAUCAGUGGAGAGACCAAUGGGAUAUUUGAUGGUUUUGAUAAAAGAUUCAGAAGCAAACUGGUGCUAGAUGAUAAGACUGGAGAUCUCACCAUCAAUAACACCAUGAGUAAUCACUCUGGACUCUAUAUACUAGAAAUAAGCAGCGAAACCAGAAGAAUCAACAAGAGAUUCAUUGUUACUGUCAAAAUGAUGAAAGUGUCAGUGGCGAAGGGAGGUUCUGUCACUCUAAAGACUGAUACUGAAAUACAGAGAGCUGAUGAGAUAAUGUGGACGUUUGGAGCUGAAAACUGUCUUGUUGUUAAAGCGGAUUCAGCAAUGACUAUUGGUAAGAGAUUCACAGGCAGACUGGAGCUGGACAAGAAGACUGGAACUCUGAUCAUCAGAAAAAUCGAAACCGCAGACUCUGGACAUUUUAAACUACAGAUCAUCAACAGUGAAAAGACCACAUUCAGGAGAUUCAAGGUGACUGUCACUGAAUCCACAGUAAAACAAGUGAAUGAGUCAGCGACUGUAAAGAUGCCGCUGUUGAACCAAGAGGAUGUGGAUGAAGUUAAUGGGUGAUAAGUCGUGCCCACCAAUAUUAAUCACUGUGACAUCAUCAGCAUUUGAGCUCAACAACAUUUUUCUGAUUUUAUGAAAGGGAAAAAUGAACCAGUGUGUUGUUGAGCCUUUAAACUCAGCAACAUGUAAAACUUUUUUAGAUGGCAGGGAAAUGCGUAUGAAACUCUUUCAUAAUUAACUAAACAACUGGAUACACAUCUCACUUAGUUUCUUAAAGGGGACAUAAUACAAACAGUUUC